AUGGAAGUGGAAAAAAAUGUUACAAGUGAGAAUUCGAGUUACAAUGAAGAGACGACGUUUUGCGAUUUACCAGUAGAGGUCGUAUCACAUAUACUUGGCUUUCUUACAUAUGAACAACUCAGCUUUGCCAGGGCUGUGUCCAAAACUUUUGAUGUAAUUGCUCGAUCUCUUUUGAAUGCUUCGUUCUUUCGACUCGGUGAACAGCUGGAAUUAGCGAUGGGAAAUGUUAAGAAAAUGCUACCGAAACGAGAAUCUCAACGAAGGAAUCACUCGUUGUCACGUGUGAAUGAAGUGUAUUCUGCAUUAGAAACUCGUUACGCUCUGCUGGGAAUGACGUUCAGAAAGCAUAUCGAUGAUGACUCGUGUUGUUUCAUUGCUGGAAAGGUUCGUAUUUUAUCACUUCAUCUGGAAUAUAUUGGUGGAUCCUUUGUUACUUACUGA